GACCCACUACACCAGACACCCUGCCAUCGAGGACGACCAGGCCGAUCUGCUUCGGGGAGUUCACGGAAUCGAAAUCCUGGAGGCCACCGGCGACCGCUCGGACGAGGUGAUUCCGACCCCUGUGAACAAGCUCCAGUAUUCGCCCUUUGGAGACGAAAUUAAGGAUCAGCUUCGAAGACGAGGCUACAGCCAGCCCACGCCAAUCCAAAUGCAGGGGUGGCCUUUGCUGAUGCAGGGUUGGGACCUUCUGGGCGUUGCUCCAACCGGCAGCGGGAAGAUGCAUGGCCGCAGCGGGACGCUCUGCUACCUGCUGCCUCUCCUCGAGCAUGUCAAGGUCCAGGAGACCUUGCGCCCACAAGACG